AUGCCAGAUGCCCAACCCCACUCCGGCUGGCAUGGCCAUGGCUUCAACUCUGGAUCGAACGCUCUAUCGAGAGCCUUCAUGCGCUGGAUUCGACGGAAGACGCCAGUAGACCGGGAGACGAUGAAGAAACGACAUCAGAUCCACUGCGAGCUCUGCCGCACCUCGAAUUCCAGGGACGACAGCUAUUCCAGCCACGCGCCCGACACCCAGGACCUGGCCAGCCCUGAGGCUGUAGUGAUCGAUACUCAAUCCUCGCAAUCCGACGCGUUUCGAGCGACCUUCACUAUUACGAGCAUGAGCUGCAGUUCCUGCGUCAGCAAAAUUGUUGCCGCGCUGGAAGAGGAGUCCUGGGUGGAUUCAGCCCAAGUCGCCUUGAUGACACAGAGUGCAUCUGUCGAUUUCACAGGGAAAGAGGCGUAUGCUGCACGGCUCACCGAUAUCAUCAGCGACCUUGGCUACGAGGUCGCGCUGGAAGAGGUCGCGAAGCUUCCGAAGAAGACAGAGUCAGGCCCGCCGAAGGGCUCGACUGCUUGGAAAGCUUCGUACUCGAUCCAAGGCAUGACAUGCAGCUCCUGCGUAGGUACUGUCACAGAGACCAUACAAGAUAUCAGCUGGGUGCAGAGCGUUGAGGUCAGUCUCAUCAACAGCAGCGCAACAAUUCUCUUCGAAGGAGCGGCGAACCAGGACGAGGUUGCGUUGGCAAUGGAGGAUGUCGGUUAUACAGCCAUCUUGAAUGAUGUUAGCCCCGCAUCUACGGAGACUGGAUUAUGGGGUGGGCGAAGAUCGGUGUCUAUCAAGAUCGAAGGAAUGUAUUGUCAUCGUUGUCCUGCCAGGGUUGCUGCUACACUCGAUCGAUUCGACGGUAGGGUCACGAUCGAGGACCUCCCGACGCUAGAAAAUCCGAUUGCCACCAUCUCAUACAUCCCGGACGCACCAAACUUUACCAUCAGAGCCAUCCUCGAUUCUAUCUCAACAGCGGAUCUAGUAUUCACGCCAAGCGUCUAUCACCCCCCAACGCUCGAGGAGCGCGCCAAGCAGAUGCAUGCUCGCAUUCAGCGGCAAGUCCUCUACCGCGUCCUCCUUUCAAUCAUUGUCGCCAUUCCCACCUUCAUGAUAGGCAUCGUCUAUAUGACUUUGGUCCCUGGCGAUAGCCCUGGUCGCCGCUACUUUAUGGAGCAAUUACACGGUGUCAGUCGCGCAGAAUGGGCAACGUUCGUGAUGGCAACGCCCGUUUACUUCUUUGCGGCUGACGUCUUCCACCGUCGCACAGUCAAGGAACUGUACUUUACCUGGAGGCCUGGCAGCGCGGUUCCUGUGCUACGCAGGCUUUACCGCUUCGGAAGUAUGGACAUGCUGAUAUGCCUUGGCACGACGAUUGCAUACUUCUCAUCCAUCGCCGAGCUGAUAAUCGCGGCGGUGUCACCCAGAACAAAUAUUUCCAGCAGUAACACGACAUACUUCGACUCGGUAGUGUUUCUGACAAUGUUUCUGCUCAUUGGCCGCCUGAUUGAAGCAUAUAGCAAGGCUAAGACAGGCGACGCUGUGUCAUCUCUGCAGCAUCUGCGACCUAGAGAAGCGCUCCUGGUACUACCUGAUCAUGAACAGAAAGCGGAGGCUCGAUUCGAACUUGUUGCGAUCGAUAUGAUCGACCCGACCGACGUCGUAAAAGUAGUCCACGGCGGCUCCACUCCCUGGGAUGGGAUUGUCAUCUCUGGCGACACUUUCUUCGAUGAAUCUUCUUUGACUGGUGAAUCGAAGCCUGUGUUAAAAGUCGAGGGUGACUCUGUUUAUGCUGGCACGAUCAACAAAGGCGGGCCAGUCUCCAUCAAAAUCACCCAUGUGUCGGGUAGUUCGAUGUUGGACCAAAUCAUCAAAGUGGUACGUGAGGGCCAGGCGCGCCGAGCACCGAUCGAGCGAGUUGCCGAUGCCCUCACUAGCUAUUUUGUCCCGUUUGUUAUCCUCGUUGCCAUCGCAACGUGGCUGAUCUGGCUAGGGCUUGGUGUGUCUGGGACCUUGCCGCGAAGCUACCUGGACAUACAUGCGGGCGGAUGGCCAUUGUGGUCUCUUCAAUUCGCUAUUGCCGUCUUCGUCAUUGCCUGCCCUUGCGGGAUCGGCCUGGCCACCCCAACCGCACUGUUCGUUGGUGGUGGUUUGGCAGCUAAGCAUGGGAUUCUUGUGAAGGGCGGCGGAGAAGCUUUCCAAGAGGCGAGUUGUGUGGACGUUGUCGUCUUCGACAAGACCGGAACGAUAACGCAAGGUGGUAAUCCCAGAGUUACGAAUCAUCAAUACCUUCUACCACCAAGCUCGAUCUUGAAGGAGCAGCACUUGAUGACCGUACUCGAGCGUCUCGAGGGGAACAGCAGUCAUCCAAUUGGCAAAGCCAUUGUUGAGUUCUGCCAAUCGACGCCCAAAGUAUCGAUCAAGUCCCAGCGCGUCGAGGAGCUAGCGGGGAAGGGGAUGCAAGGUGUUUUCGAGAUUGUCGAAUUUUCGCACGUUACGGAGAUACUGGUUGGGAAUGAGGCGCUGAUAUCCGAACAUGGACUAUCCCUCGACAGCACCAUCUUUGCCACUCUGGACACUUGGAAAGGCCAGGCAAAAUCUGUGGUCAUCGUAGCAGUAAAGUGUGCUUCACCUUUGGCGGAUAGCUCUUGGGAAUUAGCGAUGAUCUUUGCAGUCUCCGACCCCAUCCGGCCAGAGUCCCACUUUGUCAUCCAAUCACUUGCGCGUCAAGGCGUAGAUGUGUGGAUGCUCUCAGGAGACAACCCAAAGACUGCUUGUGCGGUCGGUGCCAUGGUCGGUAUUCCGGGCGAGCAUAUAAUUGCUGGCGUGCUUCCGGAGCAGAAAGCGGAGAAAAUCCAGUAUCUCCAGCGAAGUCAGCUCGCAAAGAAGGCACGCUCCUUCUUUGGGCUGCAAAGCACAAGCUCGGCUGGGAGAGCGAUCGUGGCAAUGGUUGGCGACGGUGUGAACGACUCGCCUGCGUUGACUGUGGCGGAUAUCGGUAUCGCUGUAGGUUCUGGAUCGGAUGUCGCCAUAUCUUCGGCCGACUUUGUCCUCGUCAACCACGACAUGACUACAUUACUGACUUUAGUCAGUCUCAGCCGGACAGUCUUCCGGAGAGUCAAGUUCAACUUCGCCUGGGCUCUCAUGUACAAUCUUUUGGCCCUGCCUAUCGCUGCAGGAGUUCUUUAUCCCGUAAAGAGCAAUGGGACGCAUGUAAGGUUGGAUCCUGUCUGGGCUAGCCUGGCCAUGGCCCUCAGCAGUAUCAGUGUGAUUUGUAGUAGCCUGGUCAUGAGGAGCAGGCUACCAGUAGUCGGAUUUCGAGCGCCAAAGUACGAAGUAGCUUAA